GUCAAUCGUCGUAAGGAAAUCAAGGAGAAGGAGGAGCUCCAGGCGAGGUUCCAGCUCCUGAUGGCCCGCAACAACACUACAGUCAUGAGCUGGCUCAAGCCCAAGCAAGACGUUUCAAGAGACAUAGAAACCGAAAAAUCGUUCAUGGAGUUGCCUAUCGUGCCGCAGGGCGCGGGUCUAGCGGCACUCGAUGCCAGCAGCAGCAAAAUCGGCGAUUUUAUCGCUUCCAACACCACCAAGCUCGCUGCCAUCAAGGAGGAUCGCACUGCGAAGGGCUCCAAGCCUAUGAUGGCGCUCUUGAACAAGAUGAGGGACUCGGGAAGGGCUUCGGUGGCCAAGAAGGAG